CGAAAUCUAUACUUGGAAUGGGCCAUAGCAAAACUAAAAGUGAAAGAAGAGUAAAGCAGAGAGAAAAAAAUGGCGGCAUCUCUGAGAAACAGAAACAUUUAUCAGUUGUUCCUCGUAACUCGUUUUCUCAACUCACAGAGUCUAACUCGUCCAAGAUGGAUUGAAACCAUUGCCUAUGAAGAAUCGCGUGCUCACCCUAACAAACCAUACACCUCCACGGCCGUCAUCAUCCAUGGAUUUUUGGGAUCCAACAGAAAUUGGAGAUCUUUCUCACGCCAAUUAUUGGCCUCUCUCUCCAAUUCAUCUCCCUCUUCGAAUUGGAGGACGGUGACGAUGGAUAUGAGGAAUCAUGGAAAAUCAGCGGAGAAGAAAUUGAACCCGCCUCAUAACUUGGAAAAUACGGCUAAAGAUUUGGCUGAUUUGGUGAAGGCUGAAGGUUGGUCUUGGCCCGAGGUUGUUAUUGGUCAUUCCAUGGGUGGAAAGGUGGCUUUACAGUUUGCUCAGAGUUGUAGCCGCGGUGAAUAUGGUGAUUCUGUUCAGUGGCCUAAACAGCUUUGGGUAUUGGAUUCUGUCCCGGGAGAAGUGAACUUUGGAAACAAAAGCGAUGAAGUCCGAGAUAUUUUAAUGACUUUGGAAAGUUUACCGUCGGAAAUCCCAUCUCGAAAGUGGCUUGUGAGUCAUCUGAUGGGACUUGGUUACUCUAAGGCAUUGUCAGAUUGGAUAGGCACCAACCUGAAGAAAGUUGGUGAUCAUGAAACAUGGAUAUUUGAUCUUCAAAGUGCUAAGGAGAUGUUCGAUUCUUACUGGGAAAAGUCUUAUUGGAAUCUAUUGGAGAACCCUCCACAAGGUAUGGAAAUAGUAAUUGUGCGUGCUGAAAAGAGUGAUAGAUGGGACCAAGAGGCUAUUGAGCGGAUCCAAAAACUAGCUAGUCAAGGAGGAAGUGAUUCUGUUGGAAAGGUUUCUUUCUGUAUUCUUCCAAAUGCUGGUCAUUGGGUUCAUGUGGACAACCCGAAGGGACUUCUUGAGAUUGUGGCUUCCAAGAUGGAAUCCCUUUAGUUCCUGUUUUAUUUAAACUAUUGGGGUAUCCAUCAUUGAAAAUUCUUGUCCCACUGUCCAGGAGUCGAAAAUUUGAAAAUGAGCAGAAGAUGUUGGUUAGUUAGUGAUAACGCAUUUAAUUAUAUAAAUUGAUCGGCUUCCAAAAUAUUACGAUAAAUUUAUUGUACACAUGAACAUUUUCAUUGUACCUUCCUCAUUUAUAACUUCAUAGCCCACCUCAUAAAUAAAUACCCAGAAAUUUUCAUAAUUGUCA